CUCACCAACCUUCCCCCCCACCCCACCUUUCUCGCUUCUCUCUCAGCUUUUCGCUCCCUUACUCACCUUCUCUUUUUCUCUGUGUUUCUCUAAAACCCUAGCGAGCUUUCUCUCACAAUGGCAACGAAACGCUCGCGGACCGUACGGUCCUCGAGCUUCGGCGACACAAGCAUGCUCAACCAGGUCCUGCCGCCGCCGGCGACCGUAUCGCCGGAGCAACGGUUCGAUCUGCGUACGGCUCCGGGGAUCCCCUUGAGCGCAAGGCCGCCUAGCUUUGCGGCGGAGAGCUAUCAGUCUCCGCCGGGGAUUCUGACGUUGUCGUCGCCGGAGAUUGAGAAGGAGAGCUCUGAGGGGCUGGUAGGUAAUUUCUUGGAGAAAUGUUACUACUGCAAGAGGAGUAUCGCUGAGGAUGAAGAAGUUUUCAUGUACAGUUACUUGCGUGCAUUUUGCACCUCUGAGUGCCGUUCCAAACAGAUCACCAUGGACAAGCUGGGGGAGAAAGUUUUUGGGCAACCAACAGAAAGCAUGACUCAAAGUGGCAAGAUGAACAAUGUGAAGUUGUUUGGUGUUCAACUGUGAAAAUGUGCACGUCUUCGUUAUCUCAAAAAUAUCUAGCCAGGACUAACUUUUGUGGUGCAUAUCUGUCAGGUUUUUGUGAUUGGCAUGCACUUUUGCAUAGAUGAACAUCGUAUGCUUUUAGAUUCUCGUAGAUGACAAAUUGUCAGAUCUCGUAUAGUUACAGUAAGGAUUACUGAAAUACAGUACCAUGUGAAACUAGACUUCUCCCUUAUGUGGUCCUGCUUUUGCUAAAUGUUGUUACUGAUAUGGGCUUACAGAUUGUCCCAUUCUACAAUUCUUGAAAAUGUAGGAUACAGUUCAACUGGAAUACACUUCUAGAUAAAUAUAGU